UUAUGACAGCUUCCGUGGUGUGCACACCUGAUAUGAUAGAGCUAGUUUAACACAGCAAGCUAGCAAUUAGGUCUCCUUUUGGGCGAAACACAUUGUAGACGCUCUCAGCAUUACUUUCAGCCUGUCCUAUGGCCUCUUCACAGAGACAGAUUGCAGUUUCACGCUUCAUUCCCAAAGAAACCAGGUGUCAGUCAUUUUCAUUGCAUUAACGCUUGGUUGUUAAAUUACCCGUUUUGCUUGAGGAUGGACUCUAAACGAGAGAAAGACCAAGAUACAGACUUCACUAAGAUAACUUCUGUGCUGCUUAAGUCUCGGACGGGAGAAUUUGAUUUAGAGUCCAUCCUGUUUCUGAAGCUCAGAGGUCUUGGAAUAUGUGAUCUUGGAUGUAUUGGAGAAUGUACUAAUUUGGAGAGACUGGACCUUUCUGGCAAUAACAUCACAAAACUGGUUCCUCUCUCAUCCCUUCGACUUCUUAUUGUACUCAAUGUCUCUGCCAACAGAAUUUCUAAUUUGGAAGCCAUCUCCAGCUGUGACAGUUUACAGAGCCUAAAUGUGGCUGGAAAUCUAAUAUCUAGUAUUGAGAACCUCCACUGCCUUCAGUCUUUAAGAAAGCUGGAAAACAUACGACUGAAAGAUAACACUUACAAUUUCUCGAACCCAGUUUGCAAAAACACAUCAUAUAGAAGCAGUCUCCUGGAGAUGUUCCCAAACAUCAAAGUACUGGAUGGUGAAAGAGUGGUUGGACGUGGGAGUGAUUUGUAUCAGUUAUGUAAAGACAUUGAUGAUACAAUCAAAGCUGGAUUAUUCAAGAAUGGACAACUACCAGAACUAUCAGAGCCAUGGGUGGAGGAUGGCUUCUGGGAAAUAAAGAGAUCAAACAAUGCAAUUAUUGAAGAAGCCUACAAACAGUUUAAUGAUGUUCUUCACGAAUGCAGACUCCUGAACAACAGAGCUGCACAUAUUAUCUCGCAAACUGAGAGAUCUUUAAGCCUCAAGAACCAGUCAAAGCAGUAUGCUGUUUAAAAUGAGCUAUUUGGCCAAAUUAGAGGAUUUUAUGUUUGUCGUAGUUGUUAAUUUUUUUAAUGUAUUUCAUGGAUUUUGUCACUUCUCUGACAUGAAAAUGUCAUUGCUUAAUGUACCUUUUUAUUGUUUGUGUUUAUAUCCAAAUGCUUGAUCCAGCACCAGUACCAGCAUCCUCACAUGCCAAGUGUUCAAGCAUUAUGAGACAUUGAGACAACUAUAAAUCUUGUCCAGCAGGAA